AUGAAUAGUGAUGACGGUGAUUCCGUUGGUAAUCUGGAAGGUUGUUGUAGAUAUAGUACAAGCAAAGCUGGCAUGGAAGGUUUAGACAAAGCUACAAUUAUGGAAAUUAUAUUGGAGAAUUCUAAAGGGUCAAAGUUUUAUGAGAAUGAAUUGAGGCGGGAGAAAACUCUUCGUCAACAAAUUGAACAGAAACUUAAAAUUAUAAAAUCACUUACACCAGCAAUGUUACAAAGUGGUGAAUUAGAAGCCGAUAAAAUACUGAAAGAUUUAAGACAGAAGCGACGUUUUUCUCGAACCAUUGUACAUGUGGAUAUGGAUGCAUUUUAUGCAGCUGUUGAAAUACGUGAUCAACCCGAACUUCGACAUCAUCCAGUUGCUGUUGGUAGUAACAGUAUGCUAUCAACUAGCAAUUAUAUUGCUCGACGAUUUGGUGUACGUGCUGGUCUACCUGGAUUUCUAGGUAAAAAACUAUGUCCUCAAUUGAAAAUUAUACCAUGUGAUUAUGUAAAGUAUACUGCAGCUAGUCGUGUAGUACGAUCUGUUUUAAUGGAGUAUACUAUUUCUGAACGAACUGGACAAGAUUCUUGUGAAUCAGAUAAUAUUCCAUUUUCAGCGGUUAGUUUAGAUGAAGCAUAUCUGGAUAUAACAGAUCAUUUGAUAAAUCGUUGCGAUUUCCCUGUUGAACGACGUACAUUUUGGCCUAGAGCAGCACCUGGAGCGCCUAUGCUAGUUUGCCGUUGUCGGUCACGUUCUAAGAAUUCACAAUCGCAUAAUUUGAGUAAUGACUGUACUGAUAAUCAAACUGCACUGCUUAUAGAUGAUCAUUCACAGAGUAAUUCUAAUUCUUGUCAAGAAACAAAUACUGCCCAAUCGCUUCCGAUAAUAAAACCAAAAUAUUUUGAUCCUGAAUUAGCUGUAUGCAAUGAAUGUGGAUUACUUUGUAAAUCUGGUCGUCGAAUAUUUGGUUUAUCAGCUUGGGAAGCUGUUCGAGAAAUGCGAUUUCGUGUUUUUUGUGCUACACGUCUUACUUGUAGUGCUGGUCUUGGUCCGAAUACAUUGAUUGCGAAAAUUGCCUCUGAUUGGAUAAAACCAUGUGGUCAACAUGAAAUCGCUAAUACAUCAGAAGCUGUAGAUAAAUUUAUGCAAACUAUGCCUGUGAGAAAAGUUCCAGGAAUUGGACACGUUACUGAACGUCGAUUAGAUGCAUUUGGCAUUAAAACAUGCUCUGAUUUAAUUGAUAAACGUGGUUUACUUUGGCAUGUAAGCACCAGGAUCACAAUGCAUUAUUACAUGCGUAUCGCAUUAGGUCAUUCUGAUGAUCGUUGGUUAAUUAAUAUUAAAAAUCCUUUGGAUGAAAAGUUAAAUAAAUCUGGCAUGAUUGAUAAUGAUGCAGAAAACAAUACUCCUCAAGUAGAAUUGAAUCGAAAGAGUAUGAGUGUAGAAAGAACAUUUUCAAAUACAUCCGAUGAAACUGAAUUAAUGCAUCGUUGUGAACAACUUGCUCAAAUGUUAUCAACUGAUUUAAAAGAGGAACAUGUUAAAGGUCAAUUAAUCACACUUAAAAUGAAAUUAGAUACAUUUGAAGUUCGAACAAGAUCACAACUCCUGCCAGAUUACACGAAUCAUACAGAGAUUAUCAAUUCAUUCGGUCGUGAAUUAUUACAUGAAGAAAUGGUAGCGUGUAAAUCGAAUCCACUGGUGAAUAAACCACUUACUCUACGUCUUAUGGGUUUACGCAUGUCCAACUUAUUGCCAGUUGAAAUGUGUCCACAAAUUCGUCAACGUAGUGUUGAGGAAGCUUUUAUGUUUGCUAUGACGAAUAAUAAUAUUAGUCCUGAAAAAUCUACUACUAUCUGUACAACUUUAUUGCACACAGAUACAUCUACGCAAUCUAUUAAAUCGCCUAACACAAUGUCUUCACCUAAAUCAGUUCAAUCAUCAAAAAAUAAACUAACAAAAAGGUUAACAAAAUCGAAUCAGAAAAAUGAUAAAAAGAAGAAGACUUGUAAUUCUUCUUCAUUGAUUACACAAUGGACUACAACAUCUCCACUUAGUAGAUGUAAUGAAGUUAGUCUACUACCAUCUUCAUCCACUCCACUGAAUUUAUCGCUUGAACCUUCAUCAUCAUCGUCGUCAUCGUUAACAUUAGCUUCAUCGUCGAAUGGUACUACCACUUGUUCAGUGAUUACAUGUCCUGUGUGUGAAAAAGAUUUCCGAUUUUCUUCAGAAGACAAGUUCAAUUAUCAUUUGGAUGAAUGUUUAAAUAGAUCAGCUAUUUUAGAAGUUGUGAAAGAGACAUUUACCAGUAAUCAGUUAUCUGAAGCAGAUCCUUGUCCAACAACAUCACACUCAUCAUCACAUGAUAUCAAUAUUCGAAAAUCAAAAUUGCCAAAACUUGAAAUCAACGAAUCCGAAACCAGCACCACCACCACAACAACAACAACACCGAAGACAACAACUACCACGACUUCUCAUGGACCACUUGAUAAAUUUAUUGUUCAUCCAACUACUGUACAUUUUAAUUAA